AUGCUUAGAGUCGCGCUCUCGUUACGAGCAGUUGGAAGUACUCCCUCAUCAGCAGUCUCUGGCUCCACAAAAGUGGUCACAGACGAGGUGGUGAAUCCUGAAGUGGUUGCGGACGAAGUGGUCACGGACGAAGCAACGUGCCAGCAAAAGCUGAACGAUGCCGAGGAGACAUAUGGCCCGUAUAGUCCGGAAGUAUCAUCGGCCCUUAGAGAAUUAUUCUACAAAAAGAUUGGGGAAAGCGCAAACCUAGAGAGCGUGCUUCAGCGGACGCUGAUGCUCGAUGAGAGGACAGCAGGACGCACCCAUAACGACACGUUUGCGACCUCCCUCAGCUUGACAGAUGUGUACAUCCAGAGUGGGAAAUCAACAAAAGCGCUUAGCCUGCUCGAGAGAGUCGUGGAAAGUUCCCGGAAGCUCGGGGCUGAUAUGAAUAGCGAAAUGCGUGCGCUGCAUAAGACUGAAAUGGAUGUUGUAAGGCUGAUGUUGUAUCAGCUGGGGCUCAAGUUUCGAAAUCGAAACUAUCACGACGGUGCGGUUGAUGUGCUGGAACAUGCGUUCGAAAACUCUAGUAGAGCACUCGGAGACACUCACAUUACUACUGUAGCCCUGGGCAAGGUGCUGUCGUUCAGUUAUCUUCAACAAUUCUAUCAGCAGCCGCUUCGGAAUGACCGCCCACGACAUCAGUGCGUUGUCAAGCUUGCCCAGCUAUGCGAACGGAUGUUGAAGGUUGAGCGGAGCCCUAUUUGGGUGUUGGGACUCAUGUGUCUACGCAGCCACGCAUUCUACAUUUUAGGAGUAGGGGAUACAGAACAAGCUUCUCCAGGAGGGAUCGACAAUGAGGAACAAGUUCGUCUAUGGCUCCGUGGACUCCUAGACCAGAAAACCAAGCAAGCGACCACGGUUGCGUUUUUAGAUUACUGGGAACGCCUCGGGAAGCCCGAAGAGCUUCGAGAGUUUCGCAAUCCUGUCUACUUCCUCGAAAGUGACUCUUUGCCUGCGCAUGUCGAUGAAGUGAAUGCCAAGACAUCACCCAUACAAAGGCUACAGUGGUACAAAUCGUGGGUAACCCAUAGCGUACCGAUCUUACUGGGCCUGUUCUUUGCAUCAAAAGGUCAGCUAGUUUAA